AUGGCAGCUGGAAACGAAACCUUGGUGGUGGAAGAGGCCGCUUGGAACUUUCCUAAUUACACAUCUGUAGCCCAAAUCACCCGUCUCGACCUAUCCCUCGAGGCGGGCGCGAGCAAGAAAAUGGGUAUUUUCACUGGAUCGUACCACCCGAUGCAACCACCCAACUGCAUGCAAAUGAAAUAA